CUGGCGGCCGCCACUGCGCUGGACCUGGGCACCCCCAGCCCCCCCGUCGCCGAGGAGGCUGCCUUCGCCCUGCCGCUGAUGGCUGAGGCGCCGCCGGCCGUGCCGCCCAAGGAGACCGGCGGUGGCGGGCUGGAGCUCAAGGCUGAGCCCUUCGACGAGCUGCUUUUCUCCACGGGGCCGCAGGAGGCCUCCCGCUCCGUGCCCGACAUGGACCUGCCCGGGGCCUCCUCCUUCUAUGCGUCGGACUGGGAGUCGCUGGGCGCCGGGACCAGCGGUGAGCUGGAGCCCCUCUGCACCCCUGUGGUGACCUGCACCCCGUGCCCCAGCACCUACACCUCCACCUUCGUCUUCACCUACCCUGAGGCGGACGCCUUCCCCAGCUGUGCUGCCGCGCACCGGAAGGGCAGCAGCAGCAAUGAGCCCUCGUCUGACUCCCUCAGCUCCCCCACCCUCCUGGCCUUGUGAGGGGCUCCAGCAUUGACUGACCUGCCGGGCCCCCUCCCCUGCCCGUGCACCCCCACGGACUUGCCGCUGCGCCCCAUGGGGCUCCCCGGGCCUGGGGAGGGCCCCGCCACCGCCACCCCCCCCAUCUGGCCUGGUGCCCUGGGGCCUGGCAGAGCGCCCUGUACUGAGGCCUCGUACCUCUUCCAGAGAUGUAGCAAAUCGCAUGGAGUUUGUCUCAUCCCCAAUGGCCCAUCCAUGAGAGCUGGUAGUCUGUAGCAUGUCCCACAUGGCUGGGUAGGUGACUCCCUCCCCUCCUUAGUAUCACUAGCAUUAACUAAUUAAUCUCUUGGUUUUAAAUGAUUGGAAUUUAACCUGGUGCUGGGUAUCUCCAACUCGUAUCUAGUGCAGCUGAUUAACAAUAACUACUGUGUUCCUGGCAAUAUCGUGUUCUGAUGACUUAGCAACGACCCAUCUUACGUGGGGGGAAAGAGACUCUAUUUUAUUUUCUAGUAGGUAGAUAAAUAGCUAUAUCCAUGUACUGUAGUUCUACAUUGAUGUUCAUUGUAACUUUACUGAUCAUGCAUUGUUGAGGUGGUCUGAAUGUUCUGACAUAAGUUUUCCAUGAAAACGUUUUUAUUGUGUUUUUAAUUUAUUUAUUAAGAUGGAUUCUCAGAUAUUUAUAUUUUUAUUUUAUUUUUUUCUACCUUGAGGUCUUUUUUGACAUGUGGAAAGUGAAUUUGGAUGAAACUUAAGCAUUGUUUGCUUAUUAUUGUUCAGAGACAUUGUCAAUAAAAGCAUUUAAGUUGACUGCUGGA